GGGGCCGGCGGGGCCGCGGCGGCGGCAGGUGCCCGCGGCGCGGGGAUGGUGGCGGCGGCCGGCGCGGGGCUGUAGGGCAGCGCAGCGGGGACGCCAUGGGCGGCCGCGGCCCCCCGCGCCCCGCCGCGCCUCUGCUGCCCGUGCCCCUGCCCGUGCCCGUGCCCGCGCUGCUGCCGCUGCUGGCGGCGCUGGCGGCCGGCGCGGCGGAGGCGCGGGCCACCUCGGAAGGGCAGCUGCCCGGCGCCGCGGCGAUGGGCACCGGCACCCCUCCGAGCCCCAGCGGCACCGCUUUCGAGGAGACGCGGCUCCACGUCUUCACCCUGGACUACCCCCACGUGCAAAUCCCCUUCGAGAUCACCCUCUGGAUCCUGCUGGCGUCCCUCGCCAAGAUCGGCUUUCAUCUCUAUCACAAGUUGCCCUCAAUAGUACCUGAAAGCUGUCUCCUUAUUCUGGUUGGAUUGCUUCUUGGUGGGAUUAUUUUUGGAGCAGAGGAGAAGUCCCCACCUGUAAUGAACAGUGAUGUGUUUUUCUUGUAUCUGUUACCACCUAUUGUACUCGACGCUGGAUAUUUUAUGCCAACUCGUCUGUUCUUUGAGAACUUUGGUACCAUAUUCUGGUAUGCUGUGGUGGGCACACUCUGGAAUGCCAUCGGCAUUGGAAUUUCCCUGUAUGGAAUUUGCCAGAUCAGUGCAUUUGGUUUGACUGACAUCACUUUGCUGCAGAAUUUGCUCUUUGGCAGCCUCAUUUCAGCUGUGGAUCCUGUGGCGGUGCUGGCUGUCUUUGAAAAUAUCCAUGUCAAUGAGCAGCUUUAUAUUCUGGUGUUUGGAGAGUCUUUGCUGAAUGAUGCUAUAACUGUGGUCCUGUACAAUUUGUUCAAGUCUUUCUGCCAGAUGCGCACAAUUAAGGUUAUUGACAUAUUCGCUGGGAUUGCUAACUUCUUUAUAGUGGGGAUCGGUGGAGUAUUGAUUGGAAUCCUUUUGGGAUUUGUAGCAGCCUUUACAACCCGUUUCACCCAUAAAAUCCGAGUGAUUGAGCCACUCUUUGUCUUCCUGUACAGUUACUUGUCAUACAUAACAGCCGAAAUGUUUCAUCUCUCGGGCAUCAUGGCGAUUACAGCUUGUGCCAUGACCAUGAAUAAAUAUGUGGAGGAAAAUGUUUCUCAGAAAUCCUACACAACGAUAAAAUAUUUCAUGAAGAUGCUGAGCAGUGUCAGUGAGACUUUAAUCUUCAUCUUCAUGGGUGUGUCUACAGUUGGGAAGAACCAUGAGUGGAACUGGGCCUUUGUAAGCUUCACCCUCCUCUUCUGUUUAAUCUGGAGGGCACUGGGUGUUUUUGUUCUGACUCAGAUCAUUAAUGUGUUCCGGACAAUACCUCUCACUUUUAAGGACCAAUUUAUUAUCGCCUAUGGAGGUCUCCGAGGAGCAAUUUGUUUUUCACUUGUAUUUCUGCUUCCUCCUGCUGUGUUUCCCAGGAAGAAAUUGUUCAUCACUGCUGUUAUCGUGGUGAUAUUCUUUACAGUUUUCAUUCAGGGAAUAACAAUUCGCCCACUGGUGGAGUUUCUUGACGUCAAAAGGUCAAAUAAAAAGCAGCCUGCUGUCGGUGAAGAGAUUUAUAACAGGUUCUUUGACCACGUGAAGACUGGAAUUGAAGAUGUGUGUGGACACUGGGGUCACAACUUUUGGAGAGAUAAGUUUAAAAAGUUUGACAAUAAAUACCUGCGAAGACUUCUAAUCCGUGAGAACCAGCCCAAAUCCAGCAUUGUUUCUUUAUACAAGAAGCUAGAGAUCAAGCAUGCCAUUGAGAUGGCAGAGAGUGGAAUGAUAAGCAAGGUCCCAUCAUCAGUGUCUCUCAGUGAUUAUCAUGAAGGAAAAAUAAAGCCCCUUUCUCCCACUGAAAUGGAAAAUAUGCGAGAAAUAUUAACAAAGAAUCUCUACCAAAUACGACACCGAACAAUGUCCUACAACCGACACAGCCUGGCUGCAGAUGCAAGUGAGAAGCAGGCCAAAGAAAUUCUGAUCCGUCGCCGGCACAGCCUUCGGGAGAGCCUGAGGAAAACAAACAGCCUGUCAAGGGAAAGACCGGCUGCAGCAAAUACAAAAAGAUUCCUUUCACUUCCUAAAAACACUAAACUCCCGGAGAAACUACGAGUGAGAAAUAAAACAUCUUCCAGAGUGGGUGACAGCAGUGACUCUGAGUUGGAUGCUGCUACCACAGUGCUCAAUCUAAGGCCCAGAGCAGGGAAAAUCUUGAGAGACCAGAGACUGAGACAACAGAGGCCACUACCUGAGUUUAGGGUGGAGUGGAAGAACGAAGUUGACGGGAGCCAGGACGGACGGGGAGAGCAGCAGGACCCAAGCACCUUGCCUCAGCCAUCCAUUGGGUUCAGGCAGCCACUGCUGACGAGACCAAGAUUUGGCACUUUGAGCAGGGAAGAUCUGACUGCAGACCACGGGUCAGCAAGACCUAUGCCACCACCACGGUUAGUUAGGCAGGCAUCGCAAGGGGACAGGCAGAGAAAUAAGCCUGAGAACCAGCUGUACUGAACAUAGCCAAAGGAGAACUAUUGAUAAUAAACCAUGGACAUAUUGAAUUAGGAUUCUAAAUGAUCUGAUCAGACUAUGGGAUCCAUUAAAAUAACAAAACAAGCCUCAAUCUGGGUCUAACCACUUCCAUUUAAGUCAAAUGGAAAUUAACUAAGUGAAAGGAAUACUGCAGCAAUUGCAAAAUUAAAGAUACAAUAUAUAUAUAUAUAUAUAUCUUUUACAAAUAACUUAUGGCAAUGCUUUAAUUUAAUUACAUUAUUUCCACUGUUAAAAUAGUAUGGAAAUGUGCCUUAUCACAUCAUCUCUCAUGGAACCAAGUCACGAAGGUUCAAUACACAAUUUUCCAUUGAAGUCAUUGUUGAAAGUCCAGUGAUGAAUAGAUUCUUAAAAAAUAUCCCCAAACUUGUGUAUCAUUUCAGAUUUUAUUUGUAAUCAAUAAUACUUGUUUUAACCAGAGCUUCAACAUGAAUACCACUGAAAAAUGCACAAUGCACCUAUCAUAUAGACUUCUAAAGAAGAAUAAAUAUAUUCCUGAAGCCUAGUUUGCUUAAAGACCUCUGAUGCAGAAGAAGAGGAAGAAGAGAAGAAAUAAGCUGUAGGAGAGUUGCAAAUAAGGCUUAUAAAAAGAACUUGCAACAAAGACCUGAAUAGCUUGAAUUCUUACUUUUUGAAUUUUUGGCAAUAUGUUACCUUUGAAAGGUACUAAGGAUCACCAAAGGAAAACUGAAUUACCUUGGCUUUCACUUAUGUCAGCAAGAACUGAGAGCACUUAACAGGACACCAGAAGGCCUAAAACCAGAAAACUUCAAGUGGAUAAAUCAUGUUUUGAAUCAAAAUUGCUUUUUUGCACCUUAGUUAUUUGGUUGCAAUGUAAUGCAAACAAAGCAGUAGAAUAGUUGUAGAGCACUGCACGUAGACAAAGCGAGCAGUCUCCUGUUUGAGUCAGGGACCACUGAGGCUCAAGAAAACUCAUGCUUGUGACCCUGGUUAAUUUGUUUUACUUUUUGUUUCCUCAUCUGUAAGAGGGGAAAGGUAAUCUUUUCUUUGUCUGAGCUAUGCACUCCAAGGAACAAAAAUGUUCCAUCUAAUUUGUUUUUACAGAAAAGUAGCACAGUUGGGCCCUGGAAUCAGAUGAAGUCACUGUGCACCUUAAUAACAUAGACUUCUAGAUCCUAGAAUCAAUGGCUACCAUUUGAGGGCAUAUGGGAAGCAUUAAAAUAAAUUAUACUUAACUGUAGCUCUCAGGAAUUUGCACUUUCUGUCCCACUUAAUCUAAGUACUGAGCUUGCUUUAGCACAGAUACACAUUUCAGUACAAUGCAGAAAUAAUUUUCUUUCUACUUGUUACAAAAUUGAUAACUUUCAUUGAAGAAUGUACACUGUGAAAUCAUAACUUUUUUCUUUCAUUAGCACAUUUCUAAAUCUGUGGGCAAUAAGAUUAAUUUUUUUAUUUAAGCUUGUUUUGAAAGAACUAUUAAAAAUCACAUUUUCCUUUAAAACCACAAAGUAGAUUUCUUUCAAAUGUUCAUGGGUGGGGGUUGAUAAAUGGGGAUGUAAGACUUUCCUUCUGACAGCAUUUCCAAAAUACUUAUUUCAUGUAUGUAUUUGAAAUAUCAAACCUUCCCAAACUCUUUCCUUAGGUCAUUUAGUCUUUUCCCUCUGUUCAAACUAUGGAAAAUUCUGCUGUGUGGCAAAUACAAAGCUGCAGAGGAAUGGCUCUGUGAACCCUAUAAUCCUCAGUCAAAUGUUCAUGGCUAUUCUCAACAAAUGAUUAUUGUGAAAUCAAUACUUAGCUGUCCUCUAAUGAUCAUCUCCUGUUUGGAAAUAAACUUGGGUUCAAGCAAAGCCAGCAAGUUUUAAAAACAAAUUUAAAUUUAUCUUUCAACAGGAAAGUACUUUAAUCUGUAAAAUUGUCAGGGAAUGCUAUGUCACUGCAUUAUUUGGAUCAUGUUUGAAUAGGAAAAAAAGCCUUGAUUUUUGAUUUCAGUUUUGAGACAACAUCCUCCUUACAGAUCAGAUUGUAUAAAUUAUCUGUUUUAUAUCAGGCCAAUCUGAAAACUGACCAAAUCAAUAAAUGUGAAAUGUUGCACAUCAA